UGAUGCUUCCUGCACUCUUUGUAAAACGCAGUAACACACCGGUGCCGGACAUCGGCGGGGAGAAUGCUGAAAGUGUACGUGACAGUUCGAGAUUUUCAUUCGGUGACAUCGCGAACGUAGGAGAACGAGGGCGGAAUAAAGAGCGAGAUUCGUAAAUAAACUCGACGAAUUCGUCCGAUUGUCUCGCGAAACCAGUAACUACACCGUCUCCAAUCUCGAGUGCAAAUGACAGUCUGUGCGCUAUUAAAGUUCGGAGAUACGUUCCUGUUUUCUUCCCGAGGACCAGCGGGGCUCGGUGACCUCGGAACCAUCAGCCACGUGAUGAUAUCUCCUAGAGAGACGCAAUCUGAAAGAAGAUCAGCAUUCGAGAACCUGCGUACGAGAUGGUCAUGUAAGAUAUGCGUAAUCAAUAAUGCAGGUCAAAGUCCUGCGUUGCUGAGGUCGGAGUGAUUGGCGAUGUAUGCCGCGAGGACAGAUCACUAGGAUAUGCUCGUCUGCUGUUCGUGUCAUUGUAGUUAAGAGAGUCAUGCCUGGCGAACCGCCAGCCACAGCUGGAAAUAAAUCCAGUAGCAAGGCAAAGAGGAUUUCGAUACCUCGUGUGCAGAGCAGUACCGACACCGAAUUACAGUCCCAACAGAGUGGCUCGACUCCGCUGCAGCCAACUGCAUUGCACUAUGUCACCUUUCGUUCUGAACUAGAAGAUAGCCCAAUUCCACCGGCCACACGAUGCCGCCUGUAUGAUCUCUUUCAGCAAAUAGAAAAAGAAUUUGAAAUGUUGUAUACAGAAAAUCUUGGAUUACAAGAAAAGAUUGACAUCCUAAAUGAUAAACUCGAAAGAGAGUGUUAUGGAUCCGGUGAGCGCAGUUUACCUCCUGGAGAUCUUACAGAUUAUCCAGAAACGAAAAAUCUUUCAAAGCAAAAAUCGAUGGGUGCAAGCUCGGCGCAAAAGAUUAAAACUUCUCACAAAUUGAAAGCGCAGACUAGUAAAAUAGUGUCAAGUUUUAAAACUCCAUCUAUGACUUGCACCAUGCAGAGAGAGUAUGUGGGUCAUCGAGAUGGAGUGUGGGAGGUAUCAGUAGGGAGAAUAGGCCAACCCAUCAUAGCAACUGCAUCUGCAGAUCAUACGGCACGCAUAUGGGCAAUAGACAGCAGUCGAUGUUUAUUACAAUAUAUCGGUCAUAGCGGAUCCGUAAACUCAGUUCGGUUUCAUCCGAACAGAGAAUUGGCAUUGUCGGCGAGUGGCGACGGUUCCGCUCACGUUUGGCAAGCGGCGGUAGAUUGGGAUAUGCCGAAGAGAGUACCAUCGUUAGAAGAACUUCCAGUAGCUAGUUCCGAACGAUCUACUGCUAAUAAUCUAAUCAGUAAUAAUGAUGAGCAAGAUGAUCCACCGACUCUGAGAACGCCGAUACGCGAACUUUUGGGUCAUUCGAACGUUGUGAUGGCUGCAGACUGGCUGUCCGGUGCCGAACAAUUGGUUACAGCUUCUUGGGACAGAACAGCGAAUCUGUAUGACACAGAAACUGGAGAGAUCAUACAUACGUUAUGUGGACACGAUCAAGAAUUGACUCACGUGUCGACUCAUCACACACAAAAAUUAUGCGUCACGUCCAGCAGAGACAAUACGUUCCGACUAUGGGAUUUUAGAGAACCGAUACACUCGGUUUCGGUAUUUCAAGGUCAUACUGAAACAGUAACAUCUGCAGUCUUCACAAGAGAAGAUAAAAUUGUAUCUGGUUCAGAUGAUAGAAGUGUCAAAGUAUGGGAAUUACGUAAUAUACGUAGUCCAUUAGCAACAAUACGUGGAGAUAGUGCUGCUAAUAGACUAUCAGUUUCUAGUACCGGGGUAGUGGCAAUACCACAUGACAAUAGACAAAUACGUUUAUUUGAUCUAAGUGGUCAACGUCUGGCAAGGUUACCUAGAACCAGUAGACAGGGUCAUCGUAGAAUGGUGUGUUCUGUCACUUGGUUGGAAGAUAACAAUGUGUGUAAUUUAUUUUCUUGUGGUUUUGAUAGACUAAUAUUAGGUUGGAGCAUUCUUCCUGUUAAAGAUGCUUGAAGAUCAAAAAUUGUAUGGGUUUUAUCAGAUAUUUUAUGUCAUGUUAGCGUGAUAUUGGGAAUAUUUAGGUGCAAUUUAGAAACGGAAGUGCAUAUGUAACCAUACAAUAGAAAACCAGUAAUUAAUCCAAUCAAAGAUUCUCCCCUUCCACUCUUGCAGACAACUGCAAUAAAAGAAAAGAAUAAAGCAAAA